AUGCCGAUGCUUGGUUCUUCCUCCCUGCAGCAGCACCUGCUGUUGCUCGUCUUCCUCGUCGUCGCCGUCGCCGUCGGGCAGGCCGCAGCCAAGACUGUCACCUACGACUUCAACGUCAGCUGGGUCACCGCCAACCCCGAUGGGUUGAUGGAGCGGAAGGUCGUCGGCAUCAAUGGCCAGUGGCCGCUGCCCGUCAUCGAGGUCGACAAGGGCGACCGCCUCGUCGUCAACAUGUACAACGGCCUGGGGGACAAGAACGCCAGCAUUCACUUCCACGGCAUGUACCAAAACGGCACCAACAACAUGGACGGCCCGUCCAUGGCCACCCAAUGCCCCAUUCCGCCCGGGUACAACUUCACCUACGACUUCACCGUCGACCAGAACGGGACGUAUUGGUACCAUUGCCACACCGAGUUCUGCUAUCCCGACGGCUAUCGCCAGGCUUUGAUCGUGCACGAUAGUGAUGCCUUCUUCAACGACGACUAUGAGGAGGAGCUCACCUGGACCAUCAGUGACUGGUAUCACGAUUUCGUCGAGGACAUCCAGUUCCUGUCGCUCUACAAUCCCACCGGUGCCGAGCCCGUCCCGAACUCGUUCCUCCUCAACGACACCCAGCAUUCCAGCAUCCCGGUCAAGCCAGACACCACCUACCUGAUCCGCAUCAUCAACAUCGGGGCCUUUGUCGCACAAUACUUCUACAUUGAGGACCACACCUUCAAGAUCGUCGAGAUCGACGGCGUCUACGUCGAACCGAAAGAGGCCGACCUGCUCUACAUUUCCGUGGCGCAGCGGUACUCGAUUCUGCUCACGACCAAGAACAGCACCGACAAGAACUAUGCCAUCGUGACCGUCGCCGACUCGGACCUGCUUGAUGUCAUUGAACCCGAGCUUCAGCUCAACAACACCAACUGGCUGCAGUACGAUGCUGACGCCCCUCACGAGGAUGCCGUCAUGACCGUCGAAGCCUCUGCGGACCUCGUGCCGUUUGACGACUUCACCCUCGUCCCUCACGACCAGAUGGAACUGCUGCCAGAACCGGACUUUGAGAUCAAUGUCACGGUGACCAUGAACAAUCUCUACAACGGCUUCGGCUACGCAUUCUUCAACGACAUUUCCUACACCGCGCCCAAAGUGCCAACCCUCUACACCGUCCUGUCCGCGGGCGACCUAGCCACCAAUUCCGAGGUCUACGGCGAGUUCACCCACCCGAUAGUCUUGCAGCACAACGAUGUAGUGCAAGUGGUGCUCAACAAUGGUGACUCGGGCUCCCACCCGUUCCACUUGCACGGCCACAACUUCCAGGUCAUUGAACGUGCGCCGCCGUUCAAUGAACACCGAAACGACUACGCCGACGGCGAUCCUCUUACUUUCGACCCGGCCAACCACACCGCCUUCCCGGCAAUCCCCGCGCGGAGAGACACCUUUGUCGUCCCGCCCCAGGGAUACUUUGUCAUUCGCUUUGUGGCCGACAAUCCCGGCGUGUGGCUAUUCCACUGCCACAUCGACUGGCACUUGGCUCAGGGCCUGGCCAUGUCGUUUAUUGAAGCGCCCCUGCAGAUCCAAGAGACCACCCACAUCCCGCAGCAGCACUACGAUGUCUGCCGGGCCGGUGGUGUGCCAUUCGAAGGUAACGCCGCUGCGCACACACAAGACCUUCUGGACCUUGAUGGCCAGAAUAAGCAGCAGCCCUUUCUCCCUGCAGGCUUCACCGCGCGCGGAAUCGUGGCCCUGGUCUUCUCCUGCAUCAGUGCGUUCCUCGGAAUGGCAUUCAUUGUUGUGUAUGGCCUGUCGACCCCAGCGGCUCCGUUGGAGAAGACAAGUACGGACACCAGUGACAUCGCGUCUGCUUCUGCUCCUGUUCCGGCUCCAGGCACCGGUGGAGUCCAGCAUACUGUUGAGCCUUAUCGUGACUAG